CCCUUCUGCCCCACCUCCCUGGUCCUCCAGACUCUCUCCUACAUCUCCUUUCCCCCACACACUCCCCACCUCCCAUCUCCCCCAUGCUCUUCUGCUUCACCUCUUCCCGACCUGCCCUUUCCCACAACUCUCCCUUACCUCCCCUCUCCACCACCUCCAACUUACUCUUAAACUACAGGCAAUCCUCAAAUAGCUGAGAGGAUAAAAUCCCUGUGGCUUAUCACAGAUAUUGGAGUCAAGUAGGAUAAUGAUCUUUGGUGACACGCUCUGUUUCUUGUUUUGAGGUGGUAAUGUUUAGUGCUUCUAGACAUCAAAAUGCCUUUCUGACCAUUGCGGGACAGAUCAGCUUAAAUAGUUGGCGUGGGUAUUGUCGGCAAAAUAACUAAAACAAAGAUGUUUUGGUUUUCCAAACAAUCGAUUCAUUUGAAUUUCUUUAGGGAAUAUGUCGCCGAAAGUUGCGUUAAUACGACGUGUAGCUUGCUCGCUCUAGCAAGGGAAAAUAAAUAAAUAAAAUAAAGACGGUGUUGAAUUGGAGGUUCUCAUGAAGAAAAAUCACGCUUGAUCCACUUAAUCCUCUCUUUUAAGCCGCUUGACUCUUAAUUCUCCCUCUCUCUCCGUGUAUGAAGAGGAACGCUGAAUGAAUGCUGUGACUUGAGCCCCGUCUUUGAACACGUGUUCGAGGAAGCAACAUAAAUACUGUGCUGCUGUUUUACUUCCACUAUAUAUCUAGGGCGGUAAUGACUGUCAUUACUUGUAGCCGAUGGUAGUCUUGGAUGCACAUGGGUCUGUGUGUGUGUGUGAGAGAGAGAGAGAGAUAAAGAGAGUCUGAUGGGCCGUGCUCACUCUCUCUAAGAAAAAAAACAACCAUUUCCGAACUGGAUUAUUGUCAACUAGAAUAUCACUAAUCCUAAUGGACGCUGCUCAUUGCUGCAAAAUACCAAAAUAAAAAACGACAGUGGCUUGUCUGUCGCUUGUGUUAGGGAUGUUUUAAUUUGAGUAAUUUCUUAAAUUUCUUUAUUUGUACGAUAUUAUAUGUAUGUACCCAACCGAAUGUAGGAGAUUUCUCCCCCCUCCCUUCCGCCACAGAGCGCACCUUGCCUCUUGAGGGCCACAGUGCGGCUACGUAUGGAUUGUGUUCUUUUGAAAGACAAUCAAAGCAAAAAAAGAAUAGGGUCAGGGUGGACACAAUGGGACUCAUUGAUGGAAACGCUUUUAAAGGUAAUCCAUCUCUCAGCCUAUAGGAGACAAGCACACAAUACCCAGCGCUGAUAACGCCACGGUGUGGUGCAAUGGCACUGUCACACACACACACACACACACACACACACACACACACACACACACACACACACACACACACACACACACACACACCUGUCCCCAUCUUUUUGGCAUCCUUUGGUUCCUCCCUCCUCUCUCCCCUCCCCUCCUCUCCUGCCUCCCUCCGAGACACAGAGGAGAACAGCUUUCUAUAGUGAGUGCAGAGCGAAGGAAAGCGAAGACUCCAAUUGGCUGAUCUGUGAGGAGUGGAUGGGCGCGGAGAGAGAGAGAGCCAGAGAGAGACGGAUAGUGAGAGAGAGAUAGAGAGAGAACGAGAGAGACGGAGAGAGAGAGAGAGGCUUAAGAAGAAUGUUUUCAGUCUCUCCCCGGUCACAUCGUGUGUUAGAGAUGAGGCACAGACAAAGAGUAGGAGAAGAGAAACAUUGCUGAAUAAUAAACCUGAGGAAUUCUUAUGGAUUUUUUUUCUCUUUCUGGACCGGUGUUUGAGGGAGACUAAAGGAUAACUUCUACUGAACACACGCUGGUGGAUUGCCUCUCUCUCUGUGAUCAGGGACUGGGAUUAAUUGCACAUCUAAAGUCCUUUGAACCAGCGGCAACACUCUCACAACGACCCGGAUCUGCUAUACAAGACCACCAGUGGUUUGGAAACAGCCAGGCUGAAACUAACUUCUGUCUGAUUGAACCGCGUGGCGUUCGCUCGUCCCUCUCCACCCAACGCAUGGGGCUGGGCUACCAAGGACGGGGCGCUGCUGCUGCCGCUGCUGCUGGUGGACUAUAGAUGUGUGUCCCCCCUCCUCCUCCUCCUCCUCUUCCUCGUCCUUCUCCUCCUCCUCCUGGCAGUAGUCUCUCCUCAGCGUUCGGGCCCCUGGGUUACCCCCCCGGUGAUGGUGUGAGCAGCGGGUGGACAGUGGACCACCUCCACCCUCUCCUGGGUCAUCGUCAUGCCCGUGAUGAAGGGGCUCCUGGCCCCGCAGAACACCUUCCUGGACACCAUCGCCACGCGCUUCGACGGCACCCACAGCAACUUCCUGCUGGGCAACGCCCAGGGCCACCGUGGCUACCCCAUCGUGUACUGCUCCGACGGCUUCUGCGAGCUGACGGGGUACGCCCGCACGGAGGUGAUGCAGAAGAACUGCAGCUGCCGCUUCCUGUACGGCGGUGACACCAGCGAGCUGGUGGCCCAGCAGAUGGAGAAGGCCCUGGAGGGACGGGAGGAGUACCAGACGGAGGUCCACUUCUACCGCAAGAACGGCACGGCCUUCUGGUGCCUGCUGGACAUCGUGCCCAUCAAGAACGAGAAGGGGGAGAUGGUGCUGUUUCUCUUCUCCUUCAAGGACAUCAACGACACCUACGGGAAGGCCCACCACAGCAGCAGGAAAGAAGUGUCGGAGGACAGCAGGAGGCGGAGCCGGAAGAGCAGCUCCCACUUCAGCGAGGCGCGUAAGCGGGGUCACACCGUGCUCCACCACCUCACUAGCCACUUCUCCCGCCGCAGUCGCGCCGACGUCAACCUCGCCAACAACAUGUUUGAGAAGCCCUCCCUGCCCGAGUACAAGGUGGCCUCGGUGCAGAAGUCGCGGCUGAUCCUGCUGCACUACAGCGUGUCCAAGGCCCUGUGGGACUGGCUCAUCCUGCUGGCCACCUUCUACGUGGCCGUCACCGUGCCCUACAACGUCAGCUUCACGCCCUACGACGAGGUGGACUCCUCGGCCCGCUCCACCAUCGUCAGCGACAUCGCCGUGGAGAUGCUCUUCAUCCUAGACAUCAUCCUGAACUUCCGCACCACCUACGUGAGCCAGUCGGGUCAGGUGGUGUACGAGGCCCGCUCCAUCUGCCUCCACUACGCUACCAGCUGGUUCUUUGUUGACCUGGUGGCCGCCUUGCCCUUUGACCUCCUCUAUGCCUUCAACAUCACCGUGACCUCCCUGGUCCACCUGCUGAAGACGGUGCGUCUGCUGCGGCUGCUGCGGCUGCUGCAGAAGCUGGACCGCUACUCCCAGUACAGCGCCAUGGUGCUCACCCUGCUCAUGUCCGUGUUUGCCCUGCUGGCCCACUGGAUGGCCUGCAUCUGGUACAUCAUCGGCCGCAAGGAGAUGGAGCGGCACCACGACGACGGCUGGGACAUCGGGUGGCUCCACGAGCUGGGCAAGCGCCUGGAGACGCCGUUCGCCAACAGCACGGCGGGGGGCCCGUCGGUGAGGAGCUCGUACAUCGCGGCGCUCUACUUCACCCUCAGCAGCCUGACCAGCGUCGGGUUCGGCAACGUGUGUGCCAACACGGACGCCGAGAAGAUCUUCUCCGUCUGCACAAUGCUCAUCGGAGCGCUCAUGCACGCCGUGGUCUUCGGCAACGUGACGGCCAUCAUCCAGCGCAUGUACUCGCGGCGCUCGCUGUACCACACGCGCAUGAAGGACCUGAAGGACUUCAUCCGUGUGCACCGCCUGCCGCAGACGCUCAAGCAGCGCAUGCUGGAGUACUUCCAGACAACCUGGUCCGUCAACAACGGCAUCGACGCAAACGAGCUCCUGCACGACUUCCCUGACGAGCUGCGGGCCGACAUCGCCAUGCACCUGAACAAGGACAUCCUGCAGCUGCCCGUGUUCGAGGGCGCCAGCCGCGGCUGCCUGCGCUCGCUCUCGCUGCACAUCAAGACGUCCUUCUGCGCGCCCGGGGAGUACCUCAUCCGGCAGGGCGACGCCCUCCACGCCAACUACUUCGUCUGCUCCGGCUCCCUGGAGGUGCUGCGGGACAGCAUGGUGCUCGCCAUACUGGGUAAAGGCGAUCUGAUUGGUUCGGACCUGCCCGACACGGAGCAGGUGAUCAAGACCAACGCGGACGUGAAGGCGCUGACCUACUGUGACCUCCAGUACAUCAGCGUGCGGGCCCUCAAGGACGUGCUGGAGCUGUACCCCGAGUACGCCAGCGUCUUCACCUCCGAGAUCCACCACAACCUCACCUACAACCUGCGGCAGGGCAGCCAGGACGAGGGCCUCACCAGGUUUACAAGGUCACCCAGGCUUUCACAUAACUCACGCGUCGCCGGCGACCACAAGCUGCCGUCCAUUGUGGAGACCAAGGGCGGCGGCGGCGGCGGCGGCAUCGGCUCCGGCCCCGAGGACCCCGAGGCCUUCGGCCUGUCGCCCGCCUCCCUCCGCUCCGGACGCAACCUGCUGCUGCCCAGCUUCGGCAGCCCGGUGCGCCGCACCUCGCUGGGCAACCUGCUGGGCGACGAGCUGCGGCAGUUCAACGCCCUGCGCCGCUGCCGCUCGCCCAACCUCAGCCGCGGCGCCCGCGCCCUGAGCCUCACGCCGCAGCUGGCCUCCAAGAAGGAGCACGGCCUCCACGCGUUGGCCCCCGCCGUCGGGGCGUCGGGGGCCACGGUGGGGGCCAAGGGGCAGCCCAGCUGGGAGCAGAAGCCCGCCAAGCUCCUCAUCCCCACGGUGACGUGCUUCGCCCCGCCGGACCUCAGUCCUAGGGUGGUGGACGGCAUCGAGGACAACGCGCGCUCCUUCCACUUCAACGUGGAGCACAGCGGCCCCAAGGCCAGCGCACCUGGCGCCUCCCCAGGGUCCAGGGAGGACAACUGCAUGCUGCUGCUGGAGACGGAGCAGGUGAAACACAGCAUCUCGGAGCUCAACCUCAAGAUGGGCACGUUGAACCAGGACGUCUCCCAGCUCAGCAAGGACCUCCACCACAUCAUGCUCCUCCUCCAGCUCCAGGUGACCGCCCACCACCACGGCCCGGCCCUCUGCUCCCAGUCCCACCCCCUCCAGACCGCCCCCACCCCGGCCUCGGGUCCGCCCUGCGGCCUGUCCCACGGGCCCCUACCCAGCAUGCACCUCCACCGCGUGUCUGGCAGCGUGGAGAGCCUCAGCCACCUGGGGCCCCUACCGCCACGCAUGGCCCAGCGGGGCGUCGACGGGGCCAACGGGCCCCUCUACCAGUCCCGGUCGGCCAGCCCUGGAGCCGCUAACAUCUUCCACCCCCGUCCCGUGGACUCCGAGGAAGCCCGCCCCGGCCCCCCGGCUCCAUGGAGCCAUGGCCCGCCGUCCCGGCUGGGCUUCGGCCCGGCCUUCCAGUGCGGGAACCCGGGCCCGGCGUCCCAUCCUGGGCACGGAGAGCCGGAGAGCCGGCCUCUGAGCACCAGCCCCAUGAACAUCAGCCAGUCCCAGCCGUCCCUGUUCCUGCAGUACGCGGGGGGCGGAGGCGGCGGCGGGGCUCUGGGGGAAUUCUCCUGUCUGUUAUCCAGCGCCCCCACGUCCACCUCCAGCCUGCUCGCCCCUCCCUCCAGCCCCUUCCACCCGCCCCCCCACCACCAGCACCACCCGCCUCCCCCGGACAGCCAGCCCUGUGCUGCGGGCCCACACGGGGAGCUCCCCGCCCUCGCCCCCCCCGACCCCUACAACGGCAGUACCGUCCCGUCGCAGGCCUCCGGCCGCCUCCGCAGGGACAACGCGCACCCCUUCGCCCCCCACUCCUCCUCCCGCUCCUCCUCCCAUUCCUCCUCCUCCUCCUCCGUCAGCGCCUCCCCGCCCCCCGCGUUCUCGGGGGAGGUCCCCGUGGGUUCCCCGGGCGCGGAGCCUCGGGGCCGGGACCCUCUGGGGGCCCUAGACGCCCUGAACGGCCCCGGGCCCCUGGGCGACUCCGGCGGCGUGGGCCACACCAGCCUGGAGAGCCUGCUGGGGGGCUGCGGGGGCUCCACGGAGAGCGCCUCGUCGCGCCGCUCCAGCGCCGACCUCCAGACGCAGAGCACGGAACAGUCGUGGUCGCUGGACCUCACGGACUAGGUUUCCCUGGCAACGGCAGCGAGGGACCUUGAAACCCUGCGGAGGGCACGGCGGUGGUUGCCGGAGGGGCCGCCGAGCCUGGGGGGAGACGAUCCUACUUGUCAGUGUUUUAAUGGGUUUUUCCUGGAGGUUGGGGGCGCGCUACUUACUGUGUCCUGUAGUGGGGGCUGUUGGGGCUUUAUUGGCCGCUCUUCUAUGCAAAGUCAAGUCCUUCGUGCAUUGGAUUCUCUUUUGUUAAUUUUGAAUCAUUCGUUUUUCAUUUGUAUGUGAUAUGAAUAUGCAGCAUAUCAUUUACAGAACUCUAAUUUUUAGGUUCCUGGAAAAUACUACAUUUUAGGAAACCCUCUUCAGAGCAUGAAUCUGUCUUUUAUUUAGAGAAAAUCAGCACAAAAUGAAUUUUUGUGGUGAUUUUUUUCAGGAUAUCGGAAUGGCUAUGAAUGAGUAUUCAACUUGCAUGAUACGCCAAUUAAAUUACUAUUUAUUUAUUUAUUGGUUGAAGAACGCUUGUAGUUGGUACAAGCAUUGAUAUACAGUAGUUAGUACAUGAAUUCCAUAAAAAAAGGUAUUAUUCUAAACAUUGAGCAUUACAUGAAUUCACACACACUCUCCAGCUCUACAAAAGCUUGUUCUACUACUCAUUAUCCUGAUUUAUGUUGAUAACUUGAUGUUAAAACGCUGUUACCUCCUUGCAUGGUAAAGUUGUUGAUUUCUGUUUCCUAAGGAAAAGGCAUCCAAAGUAAUGUGUAAGCAUUCUCUAUGAUCACCUGUAUGUACUAUAGACAGAGGCCGCAGGCGACAGAGCCAGAGGGUACUCUGUAGUAAAGCACGUGAUGUGGAGUGUUCACCGCACGGCAUAGAUUGUACUUCUGUUUUAGCUGCUACCUCUCUUCUUUUGGAUUCGGAAACCCAUUGGUUCUUGAACUACAUUUUCUAAACCUAUUCUGCAAUUGUAAAAAUGAUAUUGUUUAGUCAUCCCUAUCCACAGUCCAAGUGUGUGUGUGUGUGUGUGUUUGUAUGUGUAUAUAUAUAUAUAAAAAGAUAUCUAUGUAGAUGUCUAUAUAUAUAAUCUAUGAAGGAUUUCUCAAAAGCACACAAAGCGCCUGUUAUUUUUAAUCACACACACACACAACAUACAACACCACACACAUAAGCACAUUUAUACAUAGAAACACAUAUGUGCAUCCAUAUGUAGAUACUUUUUGCCGUUUAAUUAUUUACAUUCUAUUCAAAAUAUCAAUGCAUCCUGAUAGAAAGUAUCAAUGAAUCACACAAGCCGUGGAAGAUACACAGUAUUGGGAGUCAUUGUUGGGAUGGAAAUAAUUUCUCCAAAUGAUAAAAAAUAAAGAGUUGCUGAGGAUAUAAUGUGUGUUGUUUCUCUUGGAUUCCCAAAGAAUAACAUCAAUAUACAGGUAUCAAAUAUCUACUCAUAAGAUAAUGAACAAAG